AUGUUCAACGCGCUGAACCGGUUCAUGUCCCGCCUCGAUGGCGGCGACCAACAACAGCAACGUCAGCACGAGCGAGGCUCCUUUGGCUUCCAGGUGCUGAGAAACACCAACCUGGACCUUGCGAUAGAGCCGUGGUUCGACUUUAUAGUAGGGAUCAACGGAAGACCGAUUGACAACCCCGAUCCGACCUUGUUCGCCCAAGAGAUUCGAAACUGCGCCGGCAGCACCGUAACACUGGGUCUUUGGAAUGCAAAGGGCCAACGUACGAGAGAGAUGCAUGUCCCUGUCCCCAGCGACACCGCGUCACUCGGGCUGUCCCUUCAGUACUCGCCAAUUGCCCUCGCCGCCAACGUCUGGCACGUACUCGACGUCGCCGCAAACUCUCCCGCCGAUCACGCGGCCCUCCUGCCUUACAGCGACUACAUUCUCGGGAGCCCCGAGGGAGCUCUCCACGGCGAAGCGGCUCUUGGGGAGCUUGUCGAGGACCACAUCGGCAGACCCUUGCGCCUGCACGUCUACAACAACGAAUACAAUGUCACAAGGGAGGUUACCAUACAACCAAGCCGAGGCUGGGGCGGUGAGGGAGCUCUGGGGUGUAUCCUUGGCUACGGGGCUUUGCACCGGCUACCAGCUCCGCUGAGUGAGCCCGUCGAUGCGCCUGGGGAGACCAUGUUCGACGGCGACGUGAAUGAGAAGAACGAAAGGACAGCUGUGCUGGGCGAUUCGGCCCUCCCUCUGCCGCCCGGAGGCGAGUAUCUCAUCCCAGCCCAGAUGGUUGACUCAGCACCCACCGGAGGCCCACCACGGACGGGAACGGCAAAGAAGAAGGAGCGUCACGGUCACAGCCCGAACCCGCUGAUGGAUGACUACUUCAAGGAAGAGGAGAAAAAGAGCCGUGAGCUCGACAAUGCGCCCAAGCCAAAAAGUUCCGGGGUGCCUCCGCCACCCAAGGCAGCUGGAGGGCCACCCAAAGCCGACGCAAAAGAGGUGGCAGAAGGAGGCGGUGGCGAGUGA